CCCUUCAUCCUGAUAAACCAUCCAAUCAGGUAAUCACCACUUAAUUAGCUCACAGGUGAGAGAAGAGCAGGGGAAGAGAGAAACACACAGCAGGACCAACACACAACCUGCCUGGCACGUAACACCCACGGUGUAAAAGAACACAAGUUACAGAAGUACGUUUUUUUAGUCGUCAUACUACGAGAGAAUUAAGCGACGAUGUCUCUGAGAGGUGAGGUGUGUGUGGUGACGGGAGCCUGUGGGUUCCUGGGGAAGAGGCUGGUGAGGCUGCUGCUGGAGGAAGAGAGAGUGGCGGAGAUACGACUGCUGGACAAACAAGUGCAGCCGCAACUUCUACAGACUCUGGAGGACUGCAGAGGCGACACCAGGUUGAGUGUUUUCGAGGGCGACAUCAGAGACGGUGAUUUCGUGAGAAAAAGCUGUCGAGGUGCAUCGAUCGUCUUCCACAUCGCGUCCAUUAUUGAUGUGAAUGACUCGGUGGAGUACAGCGAGAUACACGGGGUCAACGUCAAAGGAACGCAGCUGCUUCUGGAAGCUUGCAUUCAAGAGAACGUGGUGUCCUUCAUCUACACCAGCACCAUCGAGGUGAUGGGACCCAACCCUAAAGGUGACCCCAUAAUCAACGGCACCGAGGACACAGAUUACAGCUGCGCUCUGAAGUUUGCCUACAGCAGCACCAAAAAGGAGGCUGAGCAGAGAACCCUGCAGGCCCACAGCGAGGUGCUGCAGAACGGAGGCCGACUGGCCACCUGCGCCCUCAGGCCUAUGUACAUCUACGGGGAGGGCUGCCGCUUCCUGCUGGGCCACAUGAGCGACGGGAUCAAAAAUAAAGACGUUCUUUAUCGUAUGUCUCGACCAGAAGCCCUAGUGAAUCCGGUGUACGUGGGCAACGUGGCUGUGGCCCACCUCCAAGCAGCCCGCAGCCUCAAGGAUCCACAAAAAAGAAACUCUAUCGGAGGAAAGUUUUACUUCAUUUGCGACGACACCCCGCCUGUGAGUUAUUCGGACUUCAACCACGCCGUGAUGUCGCCUCUGGGCUUCAGCAUCCAGCAGAAGCUCAUGUACCCGCUGAGCCUCCUCUACCUGGUUUGUUUCAUCAUGGAGAUGCUGUGCAUGAUGGCCCGACCGUUCGUACGCAUCGUCCCGCCGCUGAACCGGCAGCUCGUCACCAUGUUGAACACGCCGUUCAGCUUCUCCUACCAGAAGGCCAAGAGGGACCUGGGAUACACCCCCAGGUACACGUGGGAGGAAGCGCGCAAACGCACCGUUGGAUGGCUCGCGUCAGAGCUGCCGAAGGAGAGGGAGAGAAUAGGAACAAAAUAAUUCAUGAAAGGUUGUUAAUACAUAUUUGGUUUGUUGUUUUCAGGCAUGAAUAACAACAUUUUUCUGCAGCGACAGUGAAAACUAACGUUUAGUGUAGGUAAAUGUUCAGCAUGGUUUCUUUUUUUAUGUUAUAGCAUCUUUCUAAUUAUUCUAAUAAGUUUAAUUUAGGUGUCUCUUGUCUGGUAUUGUCACUAAACUCUCAGAUUUCUACACACAUGGGAGUUCAUUGAGAAUAAGCUGGAGAGAUUUAAGACAGUAAGCAACAUGAACGUUGGGAGAGGAAGGUUGGACUCCCGACACACUAAAAGCUCAAUAACAAAAGUUUAGACACAUGUUUAAUAUCUCCUGUUGUUCCUGUACUGUCCUGGCAAUAUGUUGUGUGCACUAUUAAAGUUGUAUGUGGAGAAAAAACCCUUA